ACUACAUCCCCUUAUUACUACCGGAGCCGGGCUCCCUUUCGGAGCAGUUCUCUUCUUUGUCUUUAGUGAAAUUGUUUCGCGUUUUUAUCAUGCUGGAGACGUACCGUCAAAGCAGAUAAAUACCCGAUCUGGCGCCUGGGGGGAGCGACUUGUGCGGUGACCCGCUUCAUAGGAAUCCGCGGUCCGCAUCAGGAGGUCCAUCCAGGAGCAGCGCGGGAAGCUCAAAAAGAUUAAUUUCAUAGUUUGUUUGUGCCUUUUUUCGAAUGACUAUUUUAAGACUCAUGUUGAGCGAGUUUUCAUGGUGAGAUGCGGCGUCUGUAAAGUAACGGCACACUGGAAAUGAAGCACAAAUCAAACGGUGGAAGCACCGAGUCUGUCUUUAGGACCUUCAGCCCGUCCUGAGCAUAUUUACCAGCAUCCACAAGUUUAAAGUGCAGCUGAGGUACGCGGCUUCCCCUCUUUUUCGGUACAUUUGUUUUAGCUCUCAAAGCGCUGAGCGUGGGACUCGCCUGCAAACCAGCCCGAAAUGCCGCACUUAGCGGGUGGAGGCGCCGGGGACCCCGAGCUCUGUGCCAACGAUGAGAUGAUCCCCUUCAAAGACGAGGGCGACCCGCAGAAAGUGCAGAUCUUCUCGGAAAGCGAUAACCCGGAGGAAGAAGGCGAUCUGGCCGACAUCAAGUCAUCGUUAGUAAACGAGUCGGAGACAAACCCCGACAGCCACGACGCAGCUAGAACCCAAGACCCUUUCCAUGAGGACCCCAGAGCAUGUGGCGAUGAAGGAAAGCAUUAUGAUGUGUACAAAGGACACUCGUACCCGGGCUACCCUGGCCUCUCCAUGAUGGACUCCUACCUGAACAGCGGCUCCCUUUCCUCGCCCAUGCAGAGACCCCUGAACAGGGUCCCGGUGGUGCAGCCAUCGCAUGCCGUGCACCCGCUCACCCCCCUCAUCACAUACAGCGAUGAGCACUUUGCUCCUGGCCCCCACACAGGGCACCACCCACCUGACGUCGAUUCAAAGUCAGACAUGCCAAGGCAUCACUUGGUACCCGACCUUCCCGGGUUCUACCCACUCUCUCCAGGAGGAGUGACUCAGAUGCCCCCCCAGCUGGGAUGGUUCUCCCGGCACAUGGUGCCGGCCCCCCCACACCUCCCCGCCCCCCCCGCGACCGCCAUUCCCCACCCGGCCAUCGUGCAUCCACAUAUCAAGCACGAGCCGCCGCAGGAUGGCAGCCUCCUGCACAUGAAGCCGCAUCAUGACCAGAGGAAGGAACAGGAAGCCAAGAAGCCACACAUCAAGAAGCCACUGAACGCCUUCAUGCUCUACAUGAAGGAGAUGCGGGCCGACGUGGUGGCCGAGUGCACGCUGAAGGAGAGCGCCGCCAUCAACCAGAUCCUC